UAAAGACCCUCCUCCUGACCAGAGCAUGGGAGGGGGCUGAGCCCACACAGCUGGCUUGGCCUCAGGCCUGGGACUUUUGCCCAAGGACGAGGAGAACCAUAAAAGUAGGCCCAGCUUUCAACCUCACGUCUGCCACAAUGCUGCUGCUCAGUCUGACCCUUUGCCUGGUCCUCCUCGGCUCCUCCUGGGGCUGCGGAGUUCCUGCCAUCAAGCCACUACUGAGCUCCAGCCAGAGGAUUGUCAACGGGGAGAGUGCAGUGCCAGGCUCCUGGCCUUGGCAGGUGUCUCUGCAGGAAAAAAGUGGCUUCCACUUCUGCGGAGGUUCCCUCAUCAGCCAGUCCUGGGUGGUCACUGCUGCCCACUGCAAUGUCAGCCCUGGCCGCCACGUUGUUGUCCUGGGUGAGUACGACCGAUCAUCCAGUGCGGAGUCUUUGCAGGUUCUGUCCAUCUCAAAGGCCAUCACGCACCCUUUCUGGAACCCCAACACCCUCAACAAUGACCUGACUCUACUGAAGCUCGCCUCCCCAGCCCAGUACACAAAACGCAUCUCACCAGUCUGCGUGGCCUCCUCCAAUGAGGCACUGCCUGCGGGCCUCAAGUGUGUCACCACUGGCUGGGGACGUCUCAGCGGCGUGGGCAAUACGACCCCAACACGCCUGCAGCAGGUGGCCCUGCCCCUGGUCACCGUGAAUCAAUGCCGGCAGUACUGGGGCUCACGCAUCACUGACUCCAUGAUCUGCGCGGGCGGCGCAGGAGCCUCCUCGUGCCAGGGAGACUCCGGAGGCCCUCUGGUCUGCCAGAAGGGGAACACAUGGGUGCUUGUUGGCGUCGUCUCCUGGGGCACCAGCAACUGCAAUGUGCGCCAGCCUGCCAUAUACACUCGGGUUAGUAAGUUCAGCAACUGGAUCAACCAGGUCGUAGCCUCCAACUGAGCCGGCCACAUGUCCUCUCCCCAUCUCAAUCCAAUAAAGACCCCGUGCUCUGU